AUGGCGCAUAGGAAGGUGAGCAGCCGAGACAUCGAGUGUUCAUGGUGCUCGCAGCUUACCUCCGACAUGGACUCCGACGACGACUUCCCAGACGUCGAUGAAAUCCAGUGGUUGAAGCUGAUGUACGCAACAAAGGAGAAUAAGGACUGGCGACAGGAAGCCCACGACAAGGCAGAGCGUCUUUGGAUGCUACAAAGACGAGCACGGAUCUACGAAGCUCGCGAGAACCAGAAGGAAGCUCAGAAAGCAGUCCGCGACGAGCCAAAGACCCCCGCAAGUGAACGGGACGUGGCUUGGGCACAGCGUCGCCACAAGCUCAAGCAGCGG